AUGGCUUUAUACUAUCACCAUACAUCAAGUCCUGAUCAAACUCUACCAACAUUAUUUCCAUUUGAAGAAAUUAAAGAUAACAAUAAUCAUUUUACAACUAAAUCGCAGACACCUACCUCACUUUCGCCACAACAAUCUCAAAAAGUUUCAUUUAUUCGAACACUCACAUCCGCAUCAUCAACCGAUCCAAUAAAACGAAGUUUUUUUCGAUUUAAUUCAAAUUCAUCAUCAACCAGUGAUUCUACAAAUAAAAUGGGACAAUCGGGAUCAAAUGUAAAACGAAGUCAAUCUGAUGUCCAAGCCUUUUUAGAUAAAGAAAAAGAGAAAUUUAUUGAAAAAAUAGAAAAUCCUGUUAAACAAAAUAUACGUUUUGACGAUUUUGAUCGAAUAAGAACAAUUGGUACUGGAUCAUUUGGGCGAGUAUUGUUAGUUGUACGUCGUUCAGCGAAUGAAAAACUAGCUUUAAAAGUACUCGACAAGCAAGUUGUGGUUAAAAUGAAACAAGUUGAUCAUACAUUAUCGGAAAAACGCAUAUUACAAGCCUUAUCGUGUCCAUUUAUUGUUAAUCUGAUAUGUUCUUUCAAAGAUAAUUCUUAUUUAUAUCUUGGAUUAGAAUAUGCACCUGGUGGAGAAAUGUUUACACAUUUACGAGCUGUUGGACGUUAUACAGAAGAUAUGACAAAAUUUUAUGCAUCGCAAAUAACAUUAGCAUUUGAAUACUUACAUCAUUUAGGCGUACUAUAUCGUGAUUUGAAACCGGAAAAUUUACUAUUUGGAAGUGAUGGCUAUUUGAAAAUGACCGAUUUUGGCUUUGCAAAAAGAGUCAAAGAUCGUACUUGGACUUUGUGCGGUACUCCAGAAUAUCUCGCUCCAGAAAUUAUUCUCUCACGUGGCUAUAAUAAAGGUGUAGAUUAUUGGGCUCUGGGAGUGUUAAUGUAUGAAAUGGCAGCCGGUUAUCCACCAUUUUUCGCUGAUCAACCCAUUCAAAUAUAUGAAAAAAUUGUUAGUGGACGUGUCAGAUUUCCCACCCAUUUUACAGUCGAUUUAAAAGAUUUAUUAAAAAAUUUAUUACAAGUUGAUUUAACAAGACGAUAUGGAAAUUUAAAGAGUGGAAUAAGAGAUAUUAAAGAACAUCGAUGGUUUUCUUCGAUAGAUUUUAUCGCCGUAUAUGAAAAGAAAAUUCAAGCACCAUUUAUUCCAAGAGCAGAUCGUGAAAAUUAUGAAAAUUAUGAUGAACAAGCAAUAGUAGUAGCAAAUCAAGAAAAAUUCUCAAAAGAAUUUGUUGAUUUUUGA